AUGAGAGCCUCGUCGACCAGCCGCAAAGUCUCGGACGCCGAGGCGCGCUGGGUCCUUCUUCCCGACAUGAAGAUCGGACGUGCCCCACUCGGUGGUCCCGAACCCUCGGUGCUUGUCGACCAAUGCAAGAAGAAGUGCGAGUACAACCCAAAAUGCAGCAGCAUCUCGUUCCAGGCGACGGCAUGGCCCAACGGCGCGUGCACCUUCUACGACAGCACGCCCUCGCUCAUGCCAGCCAGUGCAACGUAUUCUGCCAUUUCGUACCCGGCCAAGUACACGUCCUAA